AUCUAAGAAGUCGAAAAUUGGUAGCAAAUUGGGAAAUGAAAGUGAGAAGCAGGAAGGCGUAAACAAGAACGAUGAAAUCAGAUAUUACCAACAUAUUACCAGAAGAGUGUAUUUCUUACAUACUUUCCUUAACAUCCCCAACAGAUGUUUGCAGAUCAAAGCUUGUCUCUCCAGUCUUCAGAUCAGCCGCUGAUUCAGAUACCAUUUGGGGCAAAUUUCUUCCCCAUGAUUGUUAUGAUAUCGUCUCAUCCUCUUCAUCUUCCAUGCAGUUGACUUCUUCCAUGUCCAAGACUCAGCUUUAUUUCCAUCUUUGCAACAACCCCAUUGUUAUUGACAACGGUACCAUGAGUUUUGGCCUCGACAAAGCAACUGGAAAGAAAUGUUAUAUGUUGGGGGCUCGACGUCUUUCAAUUGCUUGGGCAAACUCGCCAAGGUACUGGAGAUGGAAACAUCUGCCUGAGUCUAGGUUCUCGGAAGUGGCUGUGCUCAAAGAAGUUUGGUGGCUAGAUGUGAAGGGAACAAUAGAGACUAAAAAUUUGUCUCCUAACACAACUUAUGUAGCUUACCUUGUUUAUAAAUUUGCAUCAUCAAGAUAUGGAUUUGAGAAAAAACCUGUAGACCUGCAUGUCGAGUUAGGAGAAAGUGAUGCUGGGCGAACUUUUCGUAUAUUCCUAGACCCUUCAACAAAUAUUCCUCAAUUUUCUCGUGAGAGAGAGGAUGGGUGGAUGGAGGUUAAGUUGGGUGAGUUCUUCAAUGAACAUGGAGAUGAUGGGAAAGCUGCUUGUAGUUUAAGAGAGGUUGAUAAUUAUACCCCUAAAAAGGGACUCAUUAUCGAAGGAAUCGAUAUUAGGCCUAAAGAUAGUAGAUAGAAAAGAAUUCCAUACUAUGUGUGAUAAACAUUAUUGUUUGAGACAUAUACAACAUAUUUAGUGGGAAUA